CUCCUGGGGAAUGUUCAAUAUUUUAAUUUCAUUAUAUAUUUUCCUCCCUAAUUGCAAGAAAAAUGUGAGUCCUCUACCACUACUUUUUUUUGUCCUUUUGACGUUUUCUUCUCCACGACACCCCAUCGGAAAAAAAACAUUCCUCCAAUCAUCAACGACUCCGAACUAAAACUAAACCUAAACCAAAACUAAUUCACUUAACACGAGAUAUUAUCCCUCUUUAUCUCCAACCAAAAGCAGUUAAGAAUUUGGUCCUUAACAAAUGCCCCACCCAAUCUUCUUACAUUUACAAACCUCUCCUGUUUUUAUUCUUAAUUCCCUAAUAGGAAAUAGAAUGUGUACAUAGAUUUGAGAUGAGUUUCACAUUCUUCAACUCCGUGCUUCAGACACUAUCUCCCCGGUGGCCGUUGUUUCUCUACGCCUUCACGUGGACCGUGAUAUUGACCGUCCUUGUGGCCGUCGCGUCAUUCUCGCCGGAGUUGGCUUUUGUUUCCGCCAUAACUCCCACGUCGGCCUUCUCGGAGCCAUGCCGUCGAGACAGGGAAAGCCAAGGUGGGGCCAUGACCGUCCGGGUCCCACUUGAUAUCCCCGGAGAGGCGUUCUGUAUUCCGGCUCAUUUAUUCCGGAGAUCGAAAUUGGAUCUACUGGUCCCGCCGGUUUUUGCUGCCGUCAUUGUUGCCACCUCUGCUUACGUUGUCAAAGCUGUGGGUUUAUGGGAGACGGAUGAUCCACGAGAUUAAUACAUUAACUUCACUUUUUCUUUUCUUUUUUUUUUCUUACAGAGAAUCAAUGUUUUCGCUUUAGUUUUCGUUACUUUCAAUAGGAAAAACGUAAAGGUUUGAUCUUCUUCGUGUACAGGUAUUUUGUUGUUUUCCGAUAGAAAAAAAAAGAGAAAAGGAGAAAAUUGAUACUACUACUCAUCAGACAAAUUGGAAUAGUGUUUGGGGUUAGUGAUGGACUUGAUGGUUACAUGUUCUGUUUUUUCGAUGCGGAUUCUGAUUUAGAGUUUCUGUUUGGAAGAAUAUUUGUAAUUUACGGUAUAUACUACCCCAAAUACUGAUAAUCACGUUAAGACAUACACGUACAACCAUCCGACCAGAGAGCCUUAAUAGCAGGAUUCAAUUCUUCUUGGUAAUUUCUCUAUGUUUUCUGAUCCAUCAACUUGAGUAGUUGCAGUAAAAUCAUCACACAUGUAUGAAAGCUUUGAAUUCAUUAGUGGAGAAAUGCCUCUUUCUACUUUGUUUUGUAAUAUUACUAUCUACUAUUAUAUAAAGGG